AUGAUUGUAGGGAGCACCACAGCUUCCGAUUCGUCCAGAAAGGCACGUAAGACUUACCUAAGGAUGGUUCAGAGCAUCCAGCUAAUGGAUUUCGUUCCAAAGAUGGCACGGGUUGACAACCCCAUAAUUGGGUUCUCGGAGGAAAAUGCUCGAUGUCUCCACCACCCAUAUGAUGAUACACUCUUUGUUAGCAUACAGGUAGGGGAUUACAACACACACCGGGUCCUAGUUGAUAAUGGAAGCUCUACUGAUAUCCUUUAUUACCCAGCAUUCCAACAGAUGAGGAUUGAGAGAGAACAGCUCGUAUCGACCAAUGCACCACUUGUAGGGUUUGGAGGAAUGAAAGUAUACUCCCUUGGUGCGGUCACAUUACCCGUGACGGUUGGUGAUUACCCUCAACAAAUUACUAAGGAUGUUACAUUCCUUGUCGUCAAUUGUUCCUCUACUUACAGUGCCAUACUGGGCCGUCCUACCCUCAAUUCAUGGAAAGCUGUAACUUUGACCUAUCACCUGAUAAUCAAGUUCCCCACCGAGUACGGAGUAGGGGAGACUAUGAACAUAGAAAAGCAACGAGCAGUUGUAGAGCAUGUUGAGGGAUUGGAGGAGAUACUUCUCGAUAACUCCAGACCAAAGCGAACAACCAGGAACGACACCCUCGCCAGUCCCCCAAUCCAUCAAGCACUCAUGACAUUCCUGAGAGAGAACCAGGAUGUCUUUGCCUGGAGCCACAAAGACAUGCCCGGGAUUGACCAUUCGGUCAUGGUUCACAAGUUGAAUGUAUCACCCUCUUUUCCCCCUAUCCGACAAAAGAAACGAGUGUUCACCCAGGAGCGAGACAAGGCUAUUGUGAAAGAAGUUCGCAAAUUGCAGGAAGUCGAGUUCUUACGAGAAGUAUACUACCCCGACUGGCUGGCCAACGUGGUAAUGGUCAAGAAAGCCAAUGGAAAGUGGAGGAUGUGUGUAGACUUCAUGGAUUUAAAUAAGACCAAAUUGGACGAGGCUGAUUAG